CCUUGGCCGCCUAAUGUAUAUGUAGAUUAUGGAAACGUCCGCUGAGAGUUGAUCGGAAAUAGAAAGAAAGAAAGAAAGUUGCUCUGAGAACUUCGGAUCAAUAGUUCAAUGGGCACCAAAGUUCUCCUGUCACAAGCCGGUUGUCCUCAACAUCGCUUUGGCCGUGAAUCCCCCGCACCAACCAUAUCACCAAAAAGCUCUCACCUAAACUGUGGCCGGCGAAUGCGAAGUCCCAUCGCCAAUCAGGCCAAUCAACAUGAUCGAUAUCAUAGUCGCCUCUGCGAUCAAUCUCCGGGCCCGAACUUGGUUAUGGGUCAGGUCAAAAUCCUCAAGCGAGGCGAGAAGUUGAGUUUUGAUAGUGGCUGCUCAGCGUUAGCUGCUUCCGGUGAGAACCAUAACGCAGGGGCCAAGAGCGAGGAAGAUCUCGAUUUGGUGAUAGAAUCGACGGAUCGGCUGGGUCGGGACCCGAAGAUGGCGCAGAACCAUUCGAAGGUUGGCGUCUUUGCUGGAUUUGCUUUUGAUGGUUCUCCGUCUCCAGGAUCGGUUCCGAUCCCACGGUUUCUGGGGAAGAAGCUACGAUGGUGACUUGAUGUUUGUUUGUUCGCAUGGUCUCAACAAGCUUCCUUCCCUGUCGCAUGUCUCAACAAGUUUCCUUUCCCUGUAUUUUUUUCAACAGAGGAUAAGGAUGGCUGUUGAGUGUCAACAAGUAAUCAACUUGUAUAUUAAAUUUCAGGAGAUUGAGAGACUUGAUCUCUCUGUAAAUUUCUUUAGUUUUACGGUACAAUGUGUGAGUGGGUGGAAGCUUAUAGGCUUUUAGGUUCAUAGGAAAGAAGUUUGAUUAGCGGUCUUUAGAUUACUUAUAGGAGUUCGUUUGUUGGAUCUCAUUAUCUUUGGAGUUCAUUUGUUGGAUCUCAUUCUCUUCGGUGUGUGCAUUGUGCUGGUACCAUGUCUAUCUAUUAUCCUUGAUGCAACAGAAGAAUUGGUUACUUAGCUUUUAUUUUAUGUUAUUUGUACCUUAUCACUUGUUGUGUUUUACUUGGGAGUUGGGACUGAUCUGAUUUUGUGGGUGUAAUUUUUUUCCCCUGAAACAGUGGGUGCAAAUUCAUAGCUCUAAUGGAAAAAUGAUGAUAAUGAUUUCUUUCUUCUUUCUGAUCA